GAUGCGGCGUCUAUAUACAGUAUGUCUAUGGCAAAGUAAGUCAAUCUAGCUAAGCUAGCCAGUGGAAUGAAAGCAAACCCGUGAAACCUCCUGCCUGCCUUCACGUCGUUCCAACAAAUGCUAGUAUAGUCUCUCCAUACAAAAGAAGUGAGUCGUUCGGGUAGUUCCUUUUGGAGUGAAGACAUCAUGGCUCAACUGGUCGAAUGUGUCCCAAACUUCUCAGAGGGGCGGAAUCAAGAGGUGAUCGAUGCCAUUUCGGCGGCCAUCAGCAGCACACCUGGCUGCAGCCUCCUGGAUGUGGACCCCGGAGCUUCCACCAACCGCACCGUUUACACUUUUGUGGGUGCGCCUGAAGCUGCGGUGGAAGGCGCUCUGAACGCCGCCCGUCAGGCCUUCAGCCUCAUUGAUAUGAGCAAACACUCGGGGGAGCACCCUCGUAUGGGAGCACUGGACGUCUGUCCUUUCAUCCCUGUCCAGAAUGUCACCAUGGAGGACUGUGUCCGCUGCGCUAAUGUCUUUGGACAGAAGUUGGCGUCCUUGCUGCACGUGCCUGUGUUCCUUUACGGCGAAGCAGCACGCAGCGAGUCCAGGAGAAGUCUUCCGUCCGUGAGAGCUGGCGAAUACGAAGCUCUAGCAGACAAGCUUCAACAAAAGGAGUGGGCUCCGGACUUUGGGCCCGGCAGCUUUGUGGCGUCUUGGGGCGCCACGGUGACGGGCGCCCGAAACUUCCUCAUCGCCUACAAUGUCAACAUUAUUGGCACCAAGGAGCAGGCGCAUCGCAUCGCGCUGAACAUCAGGGAGCAAGGACGGGGCAAAGACCAGCCAGGGUUGCUGAAGAAGGUGCAGGCAAUAGGUUGGUACCUGGAAGAAGAUAACAUGGCUCAGGUGUCCACCAACAUCCUAGACUACCAACAUACGCCCCUCCACUGCGUCUACCAAGCCAUCUGCAAGGACGCCCAGGAUCUCAAGCUGCCGGUUGUGGGCUCUCAGAUCGUUGGUUUGAUUCCUCUCCAAGCUCUUCUGGACGCUGCGGACUUCUACAUCCAAACACAGCAACUUUUCAUCCUGGAGGAGGAGCACAAAGUGCGGCUGGUGAUCAACAAGCUGGGUCUGGACUCUCUAGGACCUUUCAAAGCAAAGGAACGAAUCAUUGAGUACAUGGUGAGGUCACAGAACGACGGCCGCCUGGCGUCGCUUCCCCUGCAGCAGUUUGUUCGAAGCGUUGGUGCUCGGACAGCGGCCCCUGGCGGAGGAUCAGCGUCGGCCGCCAUCGCCGCGCUGGGAGCGGCGCUGGGCGCCAUGGUGGGCCAGAUGACGUACGGCAAGAGGCAGUUUGAGAGCGUGGACGCCGUGAUGAGAAGGUUGAUUCCUCCGUUCCAUCAGGCCAUGAAUGAGCUGCUGGACAUGGUGGACAGCGACUCUUCUGCCUUCAGCGCUUACAUGGCAGCGCUGAAGAUGCCCAAAAACUCUGAGGAGGAAGUCCAAAGGCGAGAGGCGGCGAUGCAGGAUGGCCUGAAGCGAGCAGUGAGUGUCCCGUUGGCCCUGGCCCAGAGAAUCAGUGUCCUCUGGCCGCCCCUCAAAGAACUUGUCCUUCAUGGAAACAUCGCCUGCAAAUCAGAUGCUCAGGUUGCGGUCAAAGCGUUGGAGACGGCGGUUUUUGGGGCAUACUAUAACGUCAUCAUCAACCUUAAGGACAUCACAGACCACACUUUCAAGGUGGAGACUCGCUCCAAAGUGGAAGCGCUGUUACAGGAAGCCAAAAGCUGUGCCGCCGCCAUCCUCCACGCCGCAGAUGGGCGGACCUGAGCGUUGAAAAUUCCCACAAAGUACCAGUGCCUUCUUGGAGCGUGCUACAUGCUAAACCAUACCAGCAUCAACACUUGUAAUACUUAAACUGAAAUAUUAAAAAAAUACACUUUUCAA